UCGAGGAGUUGUGAAGGAACAAAUUAUUAUUUCAGCUCUUGUUUUUAAUUUUGUUUAAAAUUGCAAAAAAAAAUGUGGGCAAUCUUAGCCAUUGUAGUCCAUUUUUCAGUUUGAGAAGCAAUGAUUGAUUUUUCGCGUAUAAAUGAUUCGAAGAACGGAUCAUUUUUGUGCCAAUUGAUAGGUUUAUGUCCAAGUAAUGUCGACAAUUGUGCAACGCACCAACUAUACAAAACGAUCGUAUGAAUGUGUUUGUGUCGAAUGCCGCCAAAAUUACGCAUACUCUUCCCUGUGUUGUCAUCGAAAUCACAGCUUCUCUCACAAUUAGAUAAACUGACAUCGAAACGAUUUGGUAGACUAGGUUAUUUUGUGUCGUAUUAAAAGUAUUCUUUAGCGUAAAAAUUCAUUCACAAUCAAUGGACACAUUAGCACCGAAACUAUCGUUUCAGCAAAUGAAUUGUUUGUACCAAAACAAGGAUGACACGGCUGAUGCGUAUUUCCAAUUCGAUGAGUCGGGCCAAGUGAAGCGGCUUUCGGCACACAAAAUCAUUUUGGCGGCGGGAAGCUCUGUUUUCAAAGCCAUGUUCUACGGUGACCCGAAAGAAGAGGGUGACGUCGAAAUCGUGGAUGCAGCAUCGACGGCGUUCGGAAUGUUUCUACAAACCAUCUAUCAGAUGCACGGAAACAUCGACAUGGAAAAUGUGGGCGAAGUGAUGCGUUUGGCCGACAAAUACGAAUGCAAUGGUGUCAUGCAAAUCUGUGCAAGCUACCUCCAUCCUCAGGUCAAUGUAAAUAAUGUGUGUUGGGUGCUUGAUUUUGCACUCAAGUACAGUUUUCAGAAACUAGAACAAUGCUGCGCAAUCAUGGCUACGCUCCAACCAGUUGGCGUUUUACAAUCGGAUGCGUUCGCAGAAAUGGAUCACUCAGCACUUGUUCACGUACUUCAACUGGUCGAAAACCUGCUCAGCCAGAAAAUCAUCUUUGGCAGUUGCAUCAAAUGGGCCAAAAAAUCAUGCGAAAAACAGUUGAUUGAAGCGACACCGGGAAAUCUGCGUAUAGAAUUGGGUGGCAGUUUUUCGUCGAUCGAUUUCAAACAAAUGAGCUUGGGCAUAUUCGUUGAAAUUCAACGCUUGCAUCCAUUUUUCAGCUUCGAGGAGUACGUGAAUAUCUUCGAAGGCAUUGCUAAUGCGGAGAAGCAAAGAAAUCAAAAAGAAGAAAUUGACGACUUUGAUUUUUCUCCAAGUGAAUUCGAAUAAUCGGCUAAAAAAAUGGCUGAGAAUAAAGUAAAAACUCCACGAAAAUAUUGCUAAAACACAAAUACAUCAUAAAACGGAUAAGUAACCAUCAAUAUGUCAGAACACCUCAAAAUAAAGUUGAAUUUAACACCAACGCGGUAGUAAAUCA